UGACUGGACCAAUUUUCGGCUGGUUCGAGUCUCGUGCAGCUGUGCCGGUGACGGUUUGGCUAAGGUGGUCCCGGUAGUUUUUUUUUCUUCUGCGCCAUCAUCCAGAGGCAUGAGUUACGAGCAUCGGAAAGGAUGGGGCCGGGGUCGUGGGGGUAGAGGGCGAGGAUCCUCCUCAUCCUACCACGAUGGGGGCUCUUCCAGUGAGGCAGGCGAAGGUGUGAGGGAAAGACCACCGCCGCACCUGAGAGGCCGGGAGAUAGGAAUGUGGUAUGCACGAAGGCAGGGCCCGAAGAGAAAAGAAAGGGAGAGGUUGGAGAGAGCGGUGGUACGGAUGGAUGAAUCCAGAGAACAGCACAUCACGCAUCUUCUGAACUGUGUGCAAGCACAAAGCAGAGAUGUCAAGCAGGAGCCGUCUUCGGAGGAGUCGUGGUGGGCAACCGAAAAUGAAAGGUCCUCGAAGAAGAAAGAGAAGCCGGGCAGCGCGAACAAGUGGGUGAGAAAUAGUGCCGCCCCUGAAAUCGCAUUGGCAGAAGAUGACGUGAAAGAUGCCUGGGAUGAUGAUGAGGAGGAGGCGGAGCAGGAGAAAUUUGCUGCGUCCUGUUAUGGAGAGAACAGAGUUAAUGCAGCCUUGGAUCGACGCCUUAAAGAAGAACUGCAGGAUAAAAGGACCGAUAGUAGAUACCGUGAAAUGCAGGUAUUUCGUCAAAAGUUACCUUCAUACAAUAUGAAAGAGGAGAUCAUUAAAAUAGUACAUGCCAAUCGAGUGACAGUCAUUAGCGGAGAGACCGGAUGUGGGAAGACCACGCAAGUAACUCAGUUUAUUCUGGACGAUUUUAUUAACAGAGGAAAAGGCUCUGCUUGUCACAUUGUGUGUACACAGCCCCGAAGAAUCAGCGCAAUUUCGGUAGCAGAACGUGUGGCUGCAGAGCGAGCUGAGCCCUGUGGCAGGGGAUGCAGCACUGGCUACCAAAUACGUCUUGAAUGUCAGUUGCCACGGAAACAAGGGUCUAUUUUGUACUGUACAACCGGCGUAGUCCUGCAGUGGCUUCAGUCCGAUCAGCGGUUGAUCAGCGUCAGCCAUGUCGUGAUAGAUGAAGUCCACGAGAGGAAUUUGCAAUCUGACAUGCUCAUGGCCAUAGUAAAAGAUCUUUUGAAGAUACGUCCGGAUCUGAAGGUCAUAUUAAUGAGCGCCACACUGAAUGCUGCAAAGUUUUCUCAGUAUUUUGACAACUGUCCCAUGUUGCAUAUCCCAGGAUUAACAUUCCCUGUGAAGGAGUAUCUCUUGGAGGAUGUAUAUGAAAUGAUAAAAUUCCGUCCAAAGGAAAGUGAUUGCCGACCACGCACAAAUAGACGUUUUAUGCAGGGACUUAACACUCGUCCGGAGAAAUCUGAAAAGGAAGAAAUCUACAGGGAGCGCUUCCCAAAAUAUUUACAGCAACUUCGAGGAACAUAUUCUGAAAGUACCAUACAUGCUAUAGAAUAUACAGAUGAUGAGAAAAUUAACCUUGACCUGAUUGUAGAGCUCAUCAGGCAUAUUUGUGUGACGGGAGAGGAUGGAGCAAUCUUAGUUUUCCUUCCAGGCUGGGCUAAUAUUAGCACACUGAAUGACUUACUGAUGUCACAGGUCAUGUUUAAGACAGCCUGGUUUCUUAUUAUCCCUUUGCAUUCAUUGAUGCCAACUGUAAAUCAAACACAGGUUUUCAAGACUCCCCCUCCUGGAGUUCGUAAAAUUAUCAUCGCGACCAACAUUGCAGAGACAAGUAUUACCAUAGAUGAUGUGGUACAUGUCAUAGAUGGAGGCAAAUUAAAGGAGACAAACUAUGACACGCAAAAUAAUAUCCGCACCAUGACCGCAGAGUGGGUUAGUCAUGCCAAUGCCAAGCAGAGGAAAGGACGUGCUGGCAGAGUAAAACCAGGAAACUGCUAUCAUCUAUAUAACAGGCUGAGGGAAAGUCUGCUGGACGAUUACCAGCUGCCAGAAAUUGUAAGGACACCGCUGGAAGAACUCUGCCUUCAAGUCAAGAUCCUGAAACUAGGAGGUAUUGACUCUUUCCUUCAAAAAGUAAUGGAUCCACCAUCAAGGGAAGCAAUACUACUAGCAAUAACGCAUCUUAUCGAGCUGAAUGCCCUAGAUAGGCGUGAGGAACUUACACCACUUGGCUUCCAUUUGGCACGCAUGCCUGUUGAGCCACAUAUUGGCAAGAUGAUUCUCUUUGGUGCUUUGUUCUGCUGUUUGGAUCCAGUCUUAACAAUUGCAGCAAGUCUCAGCUUUAAAGACCCAUUUGUUAUUCCUCUGGGAAAAGAUAAAUUGGCAGAUGCGAAAAGAAGGGAGAUGUCACAGAAUACUAAAAGUGACCAUUUGACUAUCCUGAAUGCAUUCCGGGGCUGGGAAAGUGCAAAACAGUGGGGUCCGAGAGCAGAAAGGGAGUACUGCUGGGAUUUCUUCUUGUCUACCAAUACCCUCAAGAUGUUGGGAGACAUGAAAGGACAGUUUGCUGAACAUCUGCUCGGAGCUGGCUUUGUGAGCAGCAGGAGCCCAAAAGAUCCUAAAUCUAACAUCAAUUCAGAUAAUGAGAAGCUCAUUAAGGCUGUGAUAUGUGCUGGGUUGUACCCAAAAGUGGCUAAGAUUCGUAUCGGCCGCAAGAUGAAAAGAUCAUCGGUAAAUGUCUAUACAAAAGCAGAUGGCAAGGUCUGCAUUCACCCCAAAUCUGUGAACGUAGAGGAGACAGAAUUUAACCAUAAAUGGCUGGUUUAUCACCUGAAAAUGAAAACUAGCAGUAUUUACCUGUAUGACUGCACCGAGGUCUCUCCGUACUCGCUGCUUUUCUUUGGAGGAGAUAUUUCCAUUCAGAAGGACCAGGAUCAGGACACAAUUGCAGUAGAUGAGUGGAUUGUCUUCCAGUCUCCUGCUCGCAUUGCUCAUUUAGUUAAGGAUUUAAAGACCGAGUUAAAUUCACUUUUGAAAGAGAAGAUUGAAAGUCCUCAGCCUGUGGAUUGGGAUGAUACCAGAUCUAGAGACUGUGCCGUUCUUUUAGCUAUCAUUGAUCUGAUAACCACACAGGAGAGUGGACAAGCCAAGAACUUUGACUUUGAUCCUUCAAUUCCAGGGCACCUAUACUAGGUGAUUUGGUGCCAUCUCUACUGGUGUACACAUGGAUUUACCGUGUAUACCUUCUUUUCACUUUAUGAACUAGUAAGUGUAUAUGAGACCCCUGUUGAGCUGUUAAUCGCUACAUUUACAGAUUUGACCAUUAUUCAUUUUUGUGCUCUUUCCAUUUUUAUUUUUUAUUUCACUGUAGAAAAGUUCAGACAGGAAUUCAGCCGUUGUUAAAAUUCCUCUGCUACAUUGAUUAGUUUUUUUGUUGUUUUUACUGUUCUUUUUUUAUAGGUCGUGAUGCUUUUAUAAGCAUUGUUCUAAUGGCACUGAUCCUUAAUGUUUGCAAGUUCAGGUUUCUGAGCCAGUAUACUAUUUAUGUUCACCUGAAAUGUUUUGCCUGUUCUGAUGCCUUGCAAGUAUUCUAUAUCAGUAAAGAAGUUAUUAUAUUAGGCCAUUAUUUCCCAGGAUUUUAAUAUUGAUGGCCUGUCCUCAGGACAGUCCAUCACCCCGAACCCCCAUCAAUCAGCUGUACCCAAGUAGCUCCGGCACAGACUUGUGGGCCAUUGAAGUGAAGGAGAGCAGUGCUGCAGUAACCAGCUCCAUCCACUACACAGCGGACAGAGAAGUGUAGUUCCAGCGCCAGAGCUACUCAUGAACAGCUAAUCGGUGGCGAGUGCUGGACCCCCGCUGAUCAGAUAUUAACAUUAAAAUACUGGAUUAUCCCUUUAAUUCACAAAACAUAUCAGAAGAUUAAUUUUGUACGUCCUAGACAAAUGAAAAGAUCCGUUUGGUGACAUUGUGAACUACAGAACACUUCUGAUUUCAUGAACAAAGACCUAUAUAGAGAACUGAGCCCCUUUGGCACCGCACAUUUCUUGGAAAUCGGACAUCUGUUCAUUGGUUUAAAAGGGUAGUCUCAUCUUCGACAUCGUUGGCAUAUCGCUAGGACAUCUCUGGGACCCAGACCUAUCUCCAGAACGGAUCGCCUGAAGUGAGUGGAGAGCAGCCACCCUUCAAUCAUUUAUUUAGGACUGUUGCUUUGCUAUCUCUGGCAGCUCCAUAGAAAUGAAUGGAAUUGUUGCCUUGCUUGCCCGGUGAGGUUUCCAUUAAUUUAUAGAGGACUU